UUGUGACGUAGGAACCUUUAAAUGAGUAUUGUAAAAGGAAUCACCUGCUCUCAGGUGAUGUUUGGCGGUAUACUAGAACCGACGGGAAGACGUCAGUAUGUCCUCUCCCAUUUACUCGGACAUUUUCCACUGUGAAGUCACAGCACCUCACCUGCCAAAGGGGCCAUUUUCAUAUAGUGAUGAUGGGCUGAAUGAUAGUUUGGAUGGGAGUUCAACUGAAUUGACGGAUGUCUUUGAGGAGGAAUGCUUUGAGGAUGAACUUUGGACUCCACCAAAUGAUGAUUUGAAAGAAAAAAUAGCCACCCAGCUUGAAAACUACCUUUCUGAUCAGAAUCUGUCAGAGGAUGCUUUUCUGCUAAAACAUGUUCAAAGAAAUAAAAUGGGCUAUGUCAGUUUGAAGCUAUUGACAUCUUUCAAAAAGAUUAAAGAUCUCACUCGUGACUGGCGGACUACGCUGGCGGCUGCGCGAACCUCUGAGCACCUGGAAGUGAACGAGACCGGCACCAAGGUGCGACGAAGGACACUGGUGCCCGACUGGCUCCUGUGCAUUCCCACAAGCAAGCUAAUGCUGGCCUGGAACUUCCUGGAUGGGGUUUCCCCAGUCAAAGACGGGAUGAGUGGGUCACCUGGUUUAGAGCAUUUAGGCAUCAUGGAAGUGGCAAUGCGGAUGUUUUCUCCCUUCGGCACCAUUUCCUCUCUCCGCAUUCUACGCCCAGGAAAAGAGAUCCCUGCAGAGCUGAAACGUUACUGCAAAAAACACAUGGAACUGGGGCGCAAGGUGUGUGCUGUGGUGGAGUACGAGUAUCUGGAAGGUGCCCGCAAGGCCUACGAAGCCCUGAAGGCAGAAGAACAGAUGCAGGGAGGAAGAGGCAUCUGUGUGGCCCUGUUGGGUAGCCGUGGAACUCGUAAGCCAGGGUGGAGCCAAAGCCUAGCGGAGGACGAAUAUGAGGAGCAUAUUGGCAAUGAUAGUUUGAAAAAGCCAAGCAGAAAAUCUAGGAAGUUUUUUUACUCCUUGGAGGAUUCAGCCCUUUACAGCUCUUCCGAGUCUGAUUUUGCCCCUGCGUCUCCCCGACCCAACCGCAGGGUUUCUCGCCCACAGGCCCUAUAUGGCAGCCCCCUCGCUGUCCCGCGGAUAUCGACUUUCCGGUCUGACCCUUACAGGAAUCCCCUUGGCAGUCCUGUAGGAAGCCCCCUCCUGCCUCGCAAGCUUUUUCCGUGCAGUCAUGUGUCUUCAACUUUGGCCACGCAUCAUUUUUGCAGCACGCCCACUGCACCUGUUACCACUUCCUUUAGUCGAUGCAAGAGCUCAGGUGAUCUCUCGCCAGAUGACACUGGGUUCAUGAACAGCCCAUGGGUCCAAAAACGGAAACACGCUGCCCAGGUCAUUCAGCCUGAGAUGGGUAGUUCUGUCUCACCCAAGCAUCUUACAAGAUCUGUGAGUGUCCUGGUAGUGCGCCAGCCUGUCGGCCCUGAUGGGACCAAAGGUUUCCACAACUGCAUUGGUAGGGGGAGGAUGCUGCUACCUUAGUGCUCACCCACCAUUACAGUUGCUUUGUAAGGUCUAUUCUUCUGCUGUGUCAUCACAACUGUUUUCUGCAGUGCAAAUUUAUAGCACUUUUAAUGCAACAUAAAUAAUUCAUAAAAUAUA